AUGUCAACAAUCAAAAGACCACAUUUACCAAUUAAUAUAGUAGAAAGAAUAAUAAGUUUUAUUGAUGAUGAAGAUGUAUUAAGAGAAUUAUUAGAAAAUCCAUCUAUACAAUCAAUAGUUGCAAAUUUCAAAAUUCCAAUUUAUAUUAUACAAGAUGCAGAUAAUUCGUCAAGUUUAACUCAACAUAGAGGAUCUAUAGAUAAUUUUAUUGAAAUUUGUCAAUUAUAUAAUUUUGUACCUGAUUUAAUUGAGUGUAAUUUAAAGAAUUUAAAAAAAUUAUAUGAUUUGCAAAUUAUUAAUUUAAAAAAUUCUUGUUUUGAAAUUGAAUUUGAAUAUGAUGAUUUAGUUGUUGAUUUAGAAAUAAUUUUGAAUAAUCUUCGAGUUUCAAAAUUUUUUAGAAUUAGUAAUGAAUUUUCCAGCUAUUAUAAAAUUGAAGUACAUUUAAAUAAUUCAAUUUUAGAAGAUAAUUUUAACAAUGAGAAUAAUGACUAUUUAAAGGAUCAUUACUUAUUUUUGCUUACAUUGUUGAAUUCAAGAAGAUCAAAGCAAACUAAAAAAUUAAAUUCAAUUCCAAAAGUUUAUAUUACUUCAAUUAAUAUUGCUGAUUUUUUUGAUUAUGAAAAUAAGAAAUUUCCUACAACUGUAAAAGAAUUGAAACUUGUUAUUAGCAAUGGAAUGAAUGAUAACCUUGAGUUUGGAUAUUUGACUAAUUUAAAAAAGUUGGUUCUUACUGAAGGCUGGUAUAAUCGUCAUCAAGGCUGGAUGCCAUUUCCACCAAAUCCUAGUUCACUUACUUCAUUAUCCCAAAUAACUUUUCCAGAAACAUUGGUUGAAUUAGAGUUAUUCAAUGCUGACAUUUCGGAUUUUGAUGAUUUGGGUCAAUUACAACAUUUAAAAAUAUUAAAAAUUAUGGAUUGUUUUAAAAUUUUCACUAUAAAUGGUGCUUGUUUACCGGAAACUUUAAAAAGUUUAACAAUAAAUUCUGCAUUUUAUUUUAGUGGUAGGUCAGAUGAGAUAAUGGAAAGAUUUUGGAAUGCUUUAGAUGAUGCACUUGAAUUUGAUACAAAUAGAAUAGAAGUUGAUAACAUUGGAGUUUUGAAUUUAUUUAAAAAUGAUAUAUUACCUCCAAAUCUAACUCAUUUAGAAAUUCAAAAUUUGCCAAAUCAUAACUUAACUAUUGGUAAUGAAUUAAAUCUGCUAAAAAAUGUAAUUAUUGAAAAUACUUGGAAUAUUGAUUUGCCUCCAAUCAUUAAAAAUGCUGGAAGUAAAUUGGAGUCUAUGUCAUUGAAGGGUCAGAAUGCAAUUGAUUUUAGAGAAGUAAAACUUCCAUCAACUAUUCAAAAAUUCACAACAAGUAUGGAGAUACUUACAUACGAUGGUGAAGUACAAUUUGGUGAUUUGAUAAAUUUGAAAGAGUUGAACCUUUUAGGAAAUGAGGAAGGUACCAAGUUUGAAUUUCCACCUAAUUUAAUUUCAUUGAGAAUUCUUGACUCAGAUGAAAUAAAAUAUUUUGAUACUAGGCUAACUGACAAUUUAAAUAAUUUUAAGUUUUUGAAAGUUUUAGAAUUAGAUUAUACCUAUUCAUCUGUACAAAUUUUUGAAAUUGAAUUACCAACAAGUUUACUCGAAUUAAAAAUUCUUGAUUAUUGUGAAAAUAAAAUAAAGGUGAAAAUUUCGAAUCUUUCAGAAUUAAAUCAAUUAGAUCAGCUAUAUGUAAUCAAUGUUCAUUUACAAAAUAGUGCCAAUGAGUUACCAUCACUGAUCAAAACUCUAUACUUGGUUGCAACAAAAGGUAAACCAGUUUUUAAAGGUAAUAUAAAGCAUUUAACAAAAUUAAAAGACUUAGAUUUAUGUCACUAUAGAAUUAAGUCUUUUGAUUUCAGUAAAAUAUCACCAACUAUGAAGACAAUAAGAAUUCAAGAUUGUACAAUGAAUGAAAUUAUGGGGGACUUCAAAAACCUAAUUUAUUUAUCAUCCUUACGUUUAAGUAAAUCAAGAAUAACCAAUAACAUUUUGAAAAAACUAGAAUUCCCACCAUCAUUAAAAUGGUUAGACUUGGAUGAAAAUCCAAUUUUGGAUCUAGCAUUAGUUAACCUCAAAAGUUGCUCAUUAUUACGUCAUUUGAGUCUUCGUAAAUUAAUUGCUAAAACAAGAAAUCAGAUUAUUAAUGAUGAUAUAUUAAUGAAAGAUAUUAAAGAGUAUUGUCCUAAUAUGUGGUUAGCUUCUUGUUCUUAUGGUGUUAAAAGUCGUGAUGUUUUUGUAUUCUUUGGUGGAUAG